GAGCGUGACGGACGUGCGAUGACGGGCUCCGUCGGAGCGGCUACAGCGGCUAUUGCCAGCCGCGGCAACAGGAACUUUUCAUCUGAAGAAGGCUACGAGUUGAUUUUGCCGAAUUUGCCAACAGGUCGUUUUGUUGUUAAUACAGUUUUUCUUCACGGAGAUGUUCAAGCGCGGCCUUACCGAGUCGAAGAUUUUCGCGACGCGUUGUCUGGUAUGUCGCUGCUUCCUGAAGUGAUCGCCUUAGGGGCGUAUCGGAUGAGCCACGUGUGGGCCGUAACCUUCAGUAAUGCCGAAGCCGUGAAGAAGUUACUCGCCGCGAGUGAAUUGAAGGUCAAGGGCCGGCGCUGCGUCGUCAUUGAUCCUGGAAACCAAGAUGUAAAGAUGAAAGUGCACUGGCUGUUGCACAACGUUCCAGAUGAUGACGUGCGGGUGGCCUUCCUUCCUUAUGGAAAAGUGACAGACAUUAGCAGAGAGCGGUGGCGAGUACACGGAAUCAGUGACAAGGGGUCCACAACCAGGUUGGUGUCCAUGCGUCUCAAGGCAGGCGUUAAGCUGGAAGAUCUACCACACCAGCUGAACGUCGCAGGUGAACAAGCUUUGGUGGUCGUAUCAGGCCGUCCGCCGAUGUGCCUGCGCUGUCAUGCAACGGGGCACAUUCGCCGCGACUGCCGGGUUCCAAAAUGCAGUGCCUGCCGUAGAUUCGGACAUGAAGAAGGUCAAUGCCCUAAAACGUACGCCAGCGUCGCUGGGCCUACGAGUGGCGAGGAUUCAUCCGAACUUCUCAUGGAUGAAAACGACGCUGAAGAAGCUUCGAAGCCGUCAAAAGACACCACAGUCCGCAAAAUGGUAACGCUGGCAGCCAACAAACCCUUUUUGGAGGAAAGGCGUCAACCAGCAGAGCGCGAACGGGAUACCAAAGACCAGGCCAUGGAAAAAGCCACCACAUCGAAGGACGCCUGUCAACCUAUCAGCGAGGAUACAAAAGUGGAAGAAACCCAAGAGACCUGCAUGGACGUCGUCGAAAGCCUCACUGGACAGUCCACCAAGCGGCCAUUGGAGGAGAGCGUCGAGGAAGCAGACAAAGGAGUUGAAGAGACAGAACCACCGCCGAAGGGACUCGGCAUAAGACGGUCUUCAGUGAAGCAGAGGCCGAAUUUUUCCGCUGAGCGGCGGCCGGCGGAAAAACCUCCGUCUUAACGCCGACUCUCCGCGCAGCGCAACCUUUUGGGGUCUUCGGGAAGACGUGGGGACUCUGAGCAAACUCAUUUGCAAGUGUCGUGAAGCCUUCCGGUUAGAAGAUGCCUAUAGCGCACAUUGUGCUGCAUACGUGAUGUGUCUACAAGGUUCAUCUUCGCUGUAAGUGUUAUACUAUGCUAACAAAUUUUUCAGAUUCUAAAGGGGUACUGUAAUGCGAUCAUUUUGCAGAAUAUAUAAAAAGAAAUGGCGUUAAAAUCAGGCACAGCACUACGCAUAGCGACGAUAAAUGUCAGAGGUCUGGCGUCUAGGAGACGUCAGUACCAGCUUAGUCGCCUGCUGUUAGAAAAUGAGCUGGAUAUCGUAGCAGUUCAAGAGACAAAGGUAGAAACGCAGGAACAAAGUGAUCGCAUGGUAUCACCUUUUAGAAAUCGGUACAAUGUUGCCAUAAGUCAUGCAGUAGGCUUGUCAGCAGGUUGUGCUCUAUUUCUUCGAAAUUCUAUUGAGAUUGUUGAGGAAUCUUUGAGUGUCAGUCAAAGUGGUCGUUAUAUUGUUUGUGAUUUCACCUUCGCAAUGAAAAAUUGGAGGGUGAUUAACGUGUACGCACCAAACAAGGAACAUGACCGGCGAGUGUUCUUUGAGGAAAUGGAAAAACACCUGCUAUGCGAUAAGCUGGUCAUAUUACUGGGUGAUUUCAACUGUGUUUGUGAACCAGAAGAUAGAGUGAACAAACGACCUAUUCGAGAUAAAAGUGCAAUAUUUUUAAGCGCAAUAGUGGGUGAACACAAUUUAGAUGACGUGGGGUCUUUGUUUUCAUGUAACUUCCCCCAGUUCACUCAUUUUCAAGGAAAUAGCCACGCUAGACUAGAUAGAGCUUAUAUAUCGACAGCUCUUGUACCUUUGUGCAGUAAUUACACAGUCAAUCAUGUUUCUUUCAGCGACCACAGCUUAGUGUCUUUCUCGCUUGGAGCAGAAAAAAGAAAAAGUACAUUUAAUUGGCAGCUCUGGAAACUUAAUGAUAAUCUAUUGGAUGACAAACCUUUCGUAGAUUACGCAAUGGAAAACCUUAAUGACUUACUUGAAGAUCACCAGAACAUAAUUGGCAGAUGGGAGCUUUUCAAAGAAAAAAUAAAGAUUAAGGCGAUAGAACGGGCUUCUGCACUUAAGCACAGUAAAAUAAAACACGAAAAAGAACUGCAAGCCCAGUUAGACUUCUUGAUCAGCCAAGAAAGUGUUACCCCCGGCCUGCGCAGUAAAGAAAUUCGAGACGUCAAGCGACAACUUGAGCUUAUCGAUGUCGAAAAUUAUAGAGGAGCAGUGAUACGGGCUCGUGCAGAGCAUUUGUGGAUGGGCGAAACGCCCACCAAACGCGCCCUUAGUGACGAAAAAAGAUACGCGACCAAAAAAGAAAUCAAAGAAAUAAGGUACCGAGGUGUAGUCACAGAUAAGAAAAGUGAUAUAGAAGACGCUUUCGUAGAGCACUUUCGGAAAUUGUUUGGUGAAAGGAAAGAAGUAAACAAGGGAUUUGUAAACGCUUUUCUUCCACUUAUGCCGCAACUAGAUGAAAAUGCAAAAUCAGUCCUAGAAGCCUCAAUUACAUUAAAGGAAAUUGAAAAAUCAAUCGAUGAUUUGAACCCCGGAAAGUCGCCCGGUCCCGAUGGACUGGGUUCAGCGUUUUAUAAGAAAUUUAAAACUCCUAUAGCUAAGGCAUUGCAUGCGGUAAUACAAGAGGCAUAUGACAUAGAAGAGCUUCCCCUUUCCUUCCGUCAAUCACAUAUCAUUCUCAUUCCUAAAACGGACGACCGACUUAAGCAAUUAUUGGUAGGUUCUUACCGGCCAAUUACCCUCUCUAACGUAGAUUACAAGAUAUUCAUGAAGGUCUUGGCAAGAAGAUUACAAGGUUUUAUUAAAGAUAUAGUCGGACCACACCAGACGUGCGGAAUUAAAGGUAGGAGCAUAACGACGAACAUUCAUAUAGCAAGAAAUAUUUUGGAGUGUUGUGAUGUUUUUUCCAACCAUGUGGCAAUGCUCCAAAUAGAUCUGGAAAAAGCUUUUGACCUUGUUACGCACGAAAUAUUGUUUGCCAUUAUGGAAUAUGUAAAUGUAGGGAAAAUAAUACUGGAAGGUGUAAAAAUGUCGUACACUGGAUGCUCUGCCUCAAUUAUAAUUAACAAACAAGUCAGCAAAAGCAUCCAUGUCGUCUCUUCGGUGAAACAAGGGUGUCCUCUGUCGUCACUACUUUUUAGCAUUUAUUUAGAGCCAUUUUGUUUAAAGAUUAUUCAAAAUGAGGAAAUAAGAGGCUUUCGUAUUAUGGCUUGUGAAGUCAAAAUAUUAUCUUACGCCGACGACAUAGCUGUUUUCUGUACCGAUAGAGAAAGUGUAACAAAUGCGAUAAAAGAUGCCACAGCUUUCUGUCAAUACACAGGGAGCAGAAUAAACUGGAAUAAAUGUCAGGGUUUCUGGCAUGGUGAAUGGGAAAGUGUGCCAGUCACGUACGCCAACAUUCAGUGGACGACUACUCCAAGUAAAUACCUAGGCGUACCACUACAACACUACAAGGAUACACAAGAAUACUGGAAAGAACAGACAGACAAGGCUCGAGAGAAAACACAAAAAUGGGGAGGACGAGACCUAUCAAUUUUUUCCCGUGCCACAGUGUGUAACAUUUUUAUUAUUGCUCGAGUAUGGUAUGUUUUGCAAGCGUUGCACAUGUCGCGCAUGAGUAUUCAACGACUGCACAGAGUGUUGGCUGUUUUUGUAUGGAACUCAUCGUGGGAAAGGGUGAGCCGCACAAAUUUGUUCCUUCCAGUGCGAUCGGGAGGACUGGGUUUGAUUCAUUUGUUCGUGAGACAAAUUGUCUCUAGGUUCGUAUAUUAUCGCAAUGAAAGAAAUCCUUUUUUAAGAAGUGUUAUGCAAGUGAGAUUGGCGAACGCAUUGCCAGAUGUCAUUGUGUCAUCAUGCGCCCAUAUGCAACGCAAUGUCCGCGGAUACAUGCAUGAAAUUGUUGCGGCUGUGCAGUUUCUAAAAGUAAGAUUUUCAAUGGAAUAUCUCAGCGAGGUCAAGAGAAAACGCCUCUACAAAGAUCUAAUUGAUGUGAUGAUGCCUGUUCCCUUGUAUCGAAGGAUGUACAAUCCUGGGCCAGGCAGCAAUGUGUUAAAAAGGGUUAAAAGUAUGACUAUCCGAUCGUCAGUCAAAACUUUCUUUUUCAUGCUCCAUAGUGGCACACUUUCUACAAUACCGUGGCUAAAGGAAAAAGGGUUGUUGGUACCAUGGUCGGUUGACUGUGUAAUAUGCAAAAGGCCUGAAACAAUCGAGCACAUGUUUCUCGAUUGUUGGGAUGCCGUAUUCUUAUGGGACAUCUUGCAAAGAACCCUGAAAAAGGAACUGCCGCUUACACCCUACGGCAUUCGAUUUCUUCCCGUCGAAAGCGAAGGUGUGCCGUACGAUAUGCUAAUGAUUCUAGUAAUGCACAGUGUUUGGAAAACCAGAAUGUCGGUGCGUAAUGCAGACGUCAACGCGAGGUCAGCCCGGGACAACUUCAACGAAAGCAUCGCAUAUUUACGAGAUGUGUACAAACAGAAGGAAGAAAAGCCAGAUUGGUGUGUUUAUCUGGACGAACUCCUGACCGUAAAGCGUUUUUUACCCACUUAUGCUAGCCAG